CAAUCUCUGACACAAUGUACGCAGCAGUCACCAGCAACAAAAAUUGAGCUUCAGCACCCAAUCCCCAAAUCCCCUCUCUCUCUCUCCCUCUAACCCUAACCCUAAUUUCCACCACCGCGCUCCGACGAUAUGACCUAGAUACCCCUCCAUUCCCGGCGAGUUUAGCUCAGACCGUGCACCAAUCAACGAGCACCGAACAAAAUCCGCGACGAUGCCACCACACGCCGAUCUGGACCGUCAGAUUGAGCACCUGAUGCAGUGCAAGCCUCUGCAGGAGGCGGAGGUGAAGACGCUGUGCGAGCAGGCGAGGACGAUCUUGGUCGAGGAGUGGAACGUGCAGCCGGUGAAGUGCCCCGUCACGGUUUGCGGAGACAUCCAUGGCCAGUUCCACGACCUCGUCGAGCUCUUUCGGAUCGGCGGCCACGCCCCCGAUACCAAUUACCUCUUCAUGGGCGAUUAUGUAGAUCGAGGAUACUACUCUGUGGAGACUGUCACACUUCUAGUGGCCCUGAAAGUACGUUACAGAGAUAGAAUUACAAUUCUUAGAGGAAAUCAUGAGAGUCGGCAAAUAACUCAAGUGUAUGGUUUCUAUGAUGAGUGCUUGAGGAAAUAUGGAAAUGCUAAUGUCUGGAAGUUUUUCACUGACCUUUUUGAUUAUUUGCCGCUCACAGCCUUGAUUGAGAGUCAGAUCUUUUGCUUACACGGCGGACUCUCUCCUUCAUUAGAUACAUUAGACAAUAUUCGUGCUCUGGACCGGAUACAAGAGGUUCCUCACGAGGGUCCAAUGUGUGAUCUGUUGUGGUCUGACCCGGAUGAUCGAUGUGGGUGGGGAAUAUCUCCUCGGGGUGCAGGGUAUACAUUUGGACAAGAUAUAGCAGCCCAAUUUAACCACACUAAUGGGCUAAGUCUUAUUUCUAGAGCUCACCAGCUUGUUAUGGAGGGUUACAAUUGGUGCCAGGAAAAGAACGUUGUGACGGUGUUUAGUGCUCCAAAUUACUGCUAUCGCUGUGGAAAUAUGGCUGCAAUUCUUGAGAUAGGAGAGAAUAUGGACCAGAAUUUCCUUCAGUUUGACCCAGCACCGCGUCAGGUCGAACCUGAUACAACACGCAGAACUCCAGAUUAUUUUUUGUAAUCCUCAUAGCUUACCGCCUAUUAGCAAUCUUCUCGUGUCGUGUUGCUUUUUGUAGAUUUGUCUCACAAAGAAGAUGAGUUUUGAUGUUUAGUUGAGAAAGAGACGGAAAGAAAACAUAUCAUUCUUUUGGUUAAAGUUGUUCCUGCUGCUUAAUUCAUGUGAGUUAUAGGAUUAUUUCAAGUAAGACUUGUGUCAUGUACCAAAAUAGUUGAAACGAACGACGGAAACAGCAAUAACAUAUUCUUUAUGAGAUGCUUUCA